AUGGGCGAUAUUGGUCCCGAGGCCAAUGAGCCGGAUAAAAAUCUUAAAGGUUCAAUUCAGCUCGCAGAGAAUCUAGAAUCAACUGCAUGGACGAGAUUCGAUGAAUUGGUAUCCUGUGGGAAGAUCACGUACAAGGAAACCACUGGUGAAACUCUGGAGGACGAGGGUUUUAAGUUCGAGCUCCGGCUGGCACCAGCGCUGCAGAAGAAGCCAAUUACGAAACCUGAUGCUCCAGAACGGAAGACGGGCAAGGGCAAGAAUCCAUUCCUUGAUCCAAAUCCCGAUGAGAUCCUGUCAGCUGUGGGAAGGGAUCAUCGGCUUCUGCUGAAUAUCUAUGCAUUUUACCGACCCAGCCUCUUGAUCACUACACGAGAAUAUCAUCCCCAGGAAGAAGCGCUCAACGAUAGCGACUUGACGGCUGCCUGGGCAGUCCUGGGAAAGUUCUCCAAAGAGCGAUAUUUCAUAAUUUACAACUGUGGUUACAAUUCAGGUUCCAGCCAAGGACAUAAGCAUAUGCAACUCUGGCCAUAUCCCGACGAGAAAGAGCUAGGCUUUGAAUUGUUUCCUAAACAGGCUCGAUCAGAAACCGUUAUAGCAGACGACAUAGCCAAUGUUCCUCUCAAGCAUUUCGUGCUACGAUUACCAUCGAAUGCAGAUGAAACCACCGUCAUUGAAGCCCAUCGUCGACUCCUUGAAAAGGUCCGACAAAUACAACGGGAAACUGACUCGGGAACGGCUCAUAAUGUCAUCCUUACCAAGGACUGGAUUUGUUUAGUGCCGCGGCGUCAUAGUGGAUUCGAACGUGGAGUUGGAGUCAAUUCUGCGGGAGUUUUGGGUCUUGCCUGGGCUAUCAAUGAAGACGAGAAGAAUGCUUGGAUUUCAAUUGGUGCUGCUGAACUACUCAGAUUCGUUGGGAUACCGGUUCACGCAUGA